GGGCAGGCGAGCGAGCGUGAAUGGAUGACGACGAGGAGGAGCAGCUGGAGAAGGAGGAGGAGGUGGCCGAGACGGGGAUCGACUCCCAGUGCAUUUGCUCUUUGCUCCAUAUAAACAAGAUUUUCGAGGUAGGAAUAUCAGAGCAUCUGGCAAAUAAGUUGAAACAUAUGAGCAUUGAUUUGGUUGAAAAGGCAAAUUCUUCAAUUACAGCAGAGCUGGAUUAUGUAUCGAAUAUGGUGAUUGGUGUCAUUGACGUACAACGGAGUAAGGAAAAAGGCUAUGAAACAUUGGUGAAAGAAAAUUUAUGUGAUGAGUUGGAUGAACUGAGGAUGGUGUAUGAAGAAUUACCUGACUUUCUGGAGCAGGUUUCAGCUAAUGAAAAUGCCUCCUUCCCUUUCUCGCUUGAAUGCAGAAAAGCUCCGCUUAUUGUCUAUGUACACCAAAUAGGAUACUUGAUGUGUUUUUUUGAUGAGAAGAUAAGUGAGGCCUUGUUAAUAGGACUUCAAGAUUUUGAAUUUGCGUUUUCAGAAGAUCGGGAAGAGAGAAGGUUCUACUACCAUACUCAAAAGACAAGAGAGCUGGACAACCUUCUGGGAGAUAUUUAUCAUAAAAUUCUUGACAUGGAAAGAGCAAUCAUAAGGGAUCUAGUAUGCCGUGUUCUUCAGUUUCUACCUCAACUGACAAAAGCAGUGAACUUUGCAGCAGAACUUGAUUGUAUUUUAUCAUUGGCAAUUGUUGCGCGCCAAAACAAUUAUGUGAGACCCAUCUUAACUGAGGAUUCCAUACUUGAGAUACAGAAUGGAAGACAUGCUUUGCAGGAAAUGACAGUUGACACAUUUGUUCCAAAUGAUACGAAAAUCCGCAGUGCAGGAAGAAUAAACAUAAUAACUGGACCUAACUAUUCAGGGAAAAGCAUUUACAUUAAGCAGGUUGCAUUGGUGGUUUUUCUUGCUCAUAUCGGAAGCUUUGUUCCUGCUGAUUCUGCUGUUGUUGGAUUGACUGAUAGGAUAUUCUGUGCAAUGGGAAGCAAGUCAAUGACAACUGAGCAGUCAACAUUUAUGAUUGAUUUACAUCAAGUUGGAACAAUGCUCAGGCAUGCAACAUCGAGUUCACUGUGCUUGUUAGAUGAAUUCGGCAAGGUUACUCUAACAGAAGAUGGUAUUGGUUUGCUUGGAGGGACUAUCAGUCAUUUUGCAAAUUAUGAUUAUCCUCCAAAGGUCCUUUUGUCAACACAUCUGACGGAGAUUUUCACCGAAAAUUACUUACCACAGUCUGAACAUAUAAAAUGCUGUACCAUGAGUGUUCUGAAUCCUGAUGGACAGACAAGCAAUGAAGACAUCAUAUUCCUUUACAGACUUGUACCUGGACAGGCACUCUUGAGCUUUGGACUUCAUUGUGCACAGCUUGCUGGUGUCCCCGGUGAAGUUAUUCAAAGAGCUGCUAGUGUUCUGGAGGACAUCCAUUCCAAGAGACCUGUAAGGCGCAUGAUCGAUGAUAAUUUGGCGGCAAAGGACAAGCAAUACCAGGAUGCAAUGGCAAAAUUGUUGGCCUUCGAUCCGCGCAAAGGUGAUCUGAACCACUUCUUUGAGGACGUAUUUCCCCCUGAGGCGUAGAUUGGGCUGCGUUGGAGUUACAAGAGUGGCUGAAGUUCGGAACCAGCAGAAGGUUGUACAUAAGCCGUGAAAGAAAAUUGGAGUGCUGUUGGCUGCAAAUACUUACUCCACCUAUUGCAUGGUUACAGUUGUACAUAUGUUUUUUUGCUUCCCCAGCAUAUUCAAAUGAGCAAUCGAUUUUGACCAUCCA